GUGUGUGUGUGUGUUAGUGAAUUGCAAUGUCAAUAUAAGGCACAAUAUGGCACAGAAUAAGGAUACAACAAACCACACCGAAGAGAACGGAGGAGGCGGCAGCAGCAGCAGCGGCGGCUGUCAUCAUCGUCUAUUCCUUUACAUAGCCAAGGCUGUGAAACAAUUCAUUGAUCUCUGUAACAAUCUUGGAGCCAACUGCAGUAACAACACAACAACAACAACAGCAUCAACACAAACACCAGCAACUGCAGCAUCAGUCAUAUCAAGCAUAUCAGCGACAUCGAACGCCUCUACAACAACACAAACAACAACAGCAGCAGCACCAAUAGCCAACCAACAGUCAACAGCAUUAACAACGCCCAUCAGACGACACAUCUCACAUACGACAGCAGUUAAAUUUUUAUAUGCCCGUAAAUUUGAUAUACCAAGAGCCGUUUCGCUAUACGAACAACAUGAGCAAAUCCGUCAGAAGGAAUAUCUAUAUAACAUAGAACCGGAUGUAGAGCCAUUGCGCUCUGAACUUAAAACUGGCAAAUUCACAAUUUUGCCGGCUCGCACAUCCAGCGGUGCAGCAAUUGCCCUAUUCACCGCCAAUCGUCACAGUCCAUUGGGUGUCUCUCAUACGACCACUUUGCAGGGCAUUGUCUAUCAAUUGGAUUGUGCUCUACAGGAUACAGAGACACAGCGUGCCGGUUUAGUAUUCGUUUACGAUAUGAGUGGCUCAAAAUAUUCCAAUUUUGAUUAUGAUUUGUCACAGAAGAUACUCACAUUGUUGAAGGGCGGUUAUCCGGCUCGUCUGAAAAAGGUGUUAAUUGUGACGGCGCCAUUGUGGUUUAAGGCGCCAUUCAAAAUCCUGCGCCUAUUUGUGCGCGAGAAGCUGCGAGAGCGGGUCUUUACCGUAUCCGUGCCACAGUUGAGUUUGCACGUGCCGCGCAAGGCGCUGCCAGUUCAUCUUGGUGGCACUCUUGAGAUUGAUCACGCUACAUGGUUGCUCAAUUGCCGCAAAUCGAUGACGAAUCGUGAAGACGAACUGCUUGCCAAUAUUGUUGGAGUGGUGGGUGGUGGUGGCGGCGGUGGUGGCGGCAGUGGUGGAGCAACAAUAACAAAUGGCGGUGGUCCAACGGAUGCUCCAUCAGCAGCAGCAGCAGCAGCAACAACAACAGUAAUUAGCGCUGUCCAUCAAUUGGGUGAUAAUAAUACGACCGUGGUGACAGUUAGCAACGGUGUGCCAGAGAGUGGUGACAAGGAAGUGGCCAAAACAACAACAACAACAACAGAACCCAACGAAAAUAUCACAAUCAACGGACUGAGUCCAAGUCAUCGUCAAACCUCCAUACCAGCAGCCACAUCGACAACGCCAACGUCAACGACGACGACGACGACGACGGCGCCGGGGACAACGACGACGACGACAGCUGGUGGAGCUGUCGGUGAUGUUGCCCCGGCAACGGCAGCAGGAACAACGGCGGUUCCAACCGGCGGCGGUGGUGGUGCUGGUGGUGCCGGUGCCAGUGGUGGGGCUGGUGCUAAUGGUGGCGGCGGUGAAUUCUGGUCGGAGAAUCCGCCAAGCAGUGCCUCAUCCGGUUUCAGUGAUGAUGACAGCCUGGCCGGACAGGAGGGUGAUCCCAAGCCCAUUGAUCAAAUUGUCCAAAUGGUUAAGCAACGCGGUCGUCAGGGUCUUAUAAAGGAAUAUGCGGAUAUAAGGAAUCGGGCGCCCGAAGGCACAUUUCUGCAUGCGAGAAUGCGCAACAAUUUGACCAAAAAUCGUUACACCGAUGUACUUUGCUAUGAUCACAGUCGUGUGGUCCUGGCACAUGAGGAUGAGGCCGAUGAGGUAUCCGAUUAUAUAAAUGCAAAUUUCGUUGAUGGAUAUAAACAAAAGAAUGCAUAUAUUUCAACUCAAGGUCCACUACCAAAGACUUCCCAUGACUUUUGGCGUAUGAUCUGGGAACAACAUUGCUUAGUUAUAGUUAUGACCACACGCGUCAUGGAACGCGGUCGUGUCAAAUGCGGCCAAUAUUGGGAGCCGGCUGAAGAUAGUUCCUUAGAGUUUGGAAAUUACCAUGUGCGAACAAUUAGCGUUGAAUGCAAUGAGGAUUACACAGUUGCCUCGUUAGAAUUGAGAAACAUUAAGACUGACGAAAUUCGCAAUGUCUCACAUUGGCAAUUCACAAGUUGGCCAGAUUACGGUGUGCCCAGCUCAGCAAUGGCCAUGUUAAACUUUUUGCAAAAGGUGCGUGACAUGCAGGCGCAAUUGGUGCGCGGUCUGGGCGAUACAUGGGCGGGUCAUCCGCGUGGUCCACCAAUUGUAGUGCAUUGCAGUGCAGGAAUUGGGCGUACAGGCACCUUCAUCACACUGGACAUAUGCAUAUCGCGGCUGGAGGAUGUGGGCACAGCGGAUAUACGCGGUACAGUGGAGAAGAUACGGUCACAGCGCGCCUAUUCCAUACAAAUGCCCGAUCAGUACGUCUUCUGCCAUUUGGCACUCAUCGAGUAUGCCUAUUCCCGGGGCAUGCUGCAAACUGUCGAUCUGGCUGGCUUCGAUGAGCGUGAACAGGACUCCGAGUAGAUGGCAUUCGAUGGACUGCGGCAGAGAAAACACAAAUUGUAUACAGAUUAUCUUACGUUUAUGUUUUACCAUUACAUACUAUAUAAAUACUAUAAUAUACUAUAUUAUUAUUAUUA